UUAAAAACUGCUAAGGUCUUACAGGAGAACAACUUUGGGAACACAUUUCAAACUGGAUUUCAAAGCCUCACCUGCUGUCAUGGCACCAAUUCUACUUAACUGUAUGGGCAAUGACCACAAUGACUAUAUCAAACAACUAGUCCAAGUGAAAAAUCCCAACUUGGACACCAUGGAGGAGGAUAUCCUCUACCACUUCAGCUUGGGCACCAAGACUCACAACCUUCCAGAAAUGUUUGGAGAUAUCAAGUUCGCGUGUGUUGGAGGCAGCGCGAAUCGAAUGAAGGCUUUCGCUCAGUUUAUCCACAAGGAGCUGGAACUGCCUGGAAACCCAGAGGAAAUCAUAGACAUCUGUGAGGGAACUGAUCGCUACUGCAUGUACAAAGUGGGACCUGUGCUCUCUAUAAGUCACGGCAUGGGUGUCCCUUCCAUCUCCAUCAUGCUGCAUGAGCUCAUCAAACUGCUGCACCACGCUCAGUGCCGGGAUGUGGUUCUGUUACGUCUUGGAACAUCUGGUGGAGUCGGUCUGGCUCCAGGCACAGUGGUUGUCACGGAUAAAGCCGUGGACUACUCCUUCCGCGCCCAGUUUGAGCAGGUGGUUCUGGGUAAAGUCAUCACCAGGAGCACUGAGCUGGACGAGGGGGUAGCCAAUGAGCUUCUGCAGUGCUCCUCCGAGCUUCAAAACUUUCCUACAGUGAUUGGAAACACCAUGUGCACACAUGACUUCUAUGAAGGUCAAGGACGACUUGACGGCGCCCUCUGCUCCUUCUCUAAUGAAGACAAACUUGAGUAUCUGAGGAAAGCUUACGAUGCCGGAGUGAGGAAUAUUGAAAUGGAGUCCACUGUCUUUGCUGCAAUGUGCCGUGUCUGUGGCCUGAAAGCCGCAGUGGUCUGUGUCGCCUUGCUGAACCGAUUUGACGGAGACCAGAUCACCUCCACUCACGACGUCCUGGUGGAGUACCAGCAGAGACCCCAGGUCCUGGUGUCCCACUUCAUCAAGAAACGCCUGGGACUGAUUGUCUGAAACCGUAACCCAACACCUGCCUCCCAAAUAGAGUGUAUAUAGCUGAUAUGUGGAUAUGUAUAUAUUGAACUUGUUCAUAUGUGUAUUAGACACUUAUUUAAAGAUUAAGCUUAAAUAUGAAGUAUUUUGCUUGUGUAUAGUAUCUAUUGUGUCUUUUAAUAUAUGAUGCUCUGGUAUUUAUGUAUGGUUACAUUAAUUUUCUAAAGAAUGUGUUCUGUAUGUUUAUUUUAAAUACUUGACUUUAAUGGUAAGUUGAGAAAUAGUUAGCCUCCAUUAGAGGUUUGCAAACCUCUUGUUGAAUGGGAUGUAUGCAUUAGUCCUUAGUGCUUUCUCUUAUUAUACAAUAAGAUUAUUUUAACCUUACUUCAAUGUAUUUCAGUGAUGAAUGUGCUAUCAGAUGAACAGAGAAAUGGAUCAUGUAUAAUUACAUCUGCCACAGAAGCAUGUUUUUGCAAAUGCAAACAUCCUGAAAGUAACAUAAGCGGUCAAUAUAUAUUGAUAAAUGUGCAGAGGUCAUUUUUAUUUGUUGAAGUUACAUAUUUAUCAUCAAUCGGUGAUACUGUAUGAUAUUGUAUUUCCCAUGAGAUGCUGUAGAGUUCAAUAAAAAAAAUGUCAAUAACA